GAUUUGAAUUGUCCGUCAGUUAGCGCGGGCGGUUUCAGCACGGGGCCGCCGCCGGACCUCGCUGUCGGCCGCGCCGCCUUCGGGCUUGAAGAACUCACUAGAAUGAGUGAGAAUAAUUUUGACAUUGAAAGCCCACCUUGUGUUCUCUGUGGACGGACAGAUAACUGCCCUGAAAAGUACGGAGAAAAAAGGACUUAUGUAGAAUAUAAUCUCACUCUUCAUAAUUACUGUUUGUUGAUGUCAAGUGGCAUUUGGCAGAGGGGAGAAGAAGAUGAAGGUGUAGAUGGAUUUUUGAUCGAAGAUAUUAGGAAAGAAGUUAACAGAGCUGCAAGACUGGUGUGUAAUAUCUGCAGGAAAAAGGGUGCUUCCAUUGGAUGUGUGGCUCCCAAAUGUAAGCGAAGUUACCAUUUUCCUUGUGGGUUACAAAAGGAAUGUGUUUUUCAGUUCAUGGAAGACUUCAGAUCUUACUGUUGGGAACAUAAACCAGUUCAAAUCUUUUCGGAUAAAGAAUCUAGAGAACCUUCGCAGUGUACAAUAUGCCUGGAUUUGGUUGAACAUCUUCCACUGUACAGUGUGUUGAGAAGUCCUUGUUGUAAAAAUACUUGGUUUCAUCGAGAAUGCUUGCAGUAUCAAGCUUUGAGUGCUGGGAUAUUUUUCUUUAGGUGCGCAGUAUGUAAUAACAAGGACAAAUUUCAGAAAGAAAUGUUGAGAAUGGGCAUACACAUUCCAGAGAAAGAUGCAUCUUGGGAACUUGAAGACAAUGCUUAUCAAGACCUGCUGCAGUGUUAUCAACACUGUGACAUUAGAAGAUGUCUCUGCAAGAAUGGAAGAGACUAUAACAAACCUGAUAGUAAGUGGGAAAUAAAGCGUUGUCAGUCUUGUGGUUCCCGUGGAACUCACUUAGCCUGUUCAUCCAUUAAAUCAUGGGAGCAAAACUGGGAGUGUGUGGAAUGCAGAAGCAUCUUUGCAAAAGGGAAAUACAGCAAACGGAAAAAGCAUUCUUUGGCUCCCUCAGAAAAGAUGGAUGGGACAACUUGUUUGCUGGAAGAACCAUCUCCAAAGCUCCCUCGGCAAUCACCUGGAUCUCAACGCAACCGUCUUCUCCAAUCACCAAAGAUAAUGUGCCAGAACAACUUGUCACCCUGCUCACUCCUAGAACUUCCAACAUCCAAUAGAGUGGCAAUGUCUUUAUCUCCACUGAUGUCAAACAGGAACUGCUCCCUAAGGAAAAAGCAUUUAAGAAUGCAAAGAAAGGAAGCUUCUAAUAUACUGAAGGAGUUAAAGCAUCAAAUUAAUACAAAAACUACGAGGCUUAACAUCAAUACAGAAAAUAUCUGGAAGAGUGCUUUAAAAGGAUUUAGACAGCGUAACUUCAGACCUACAAACACCAUUGAAGUGAAGUUCACAAAAUGCAAAAACAGAAUAAAAACAGAUUCUUUUACUGGGUCAAAACACCUUUUCUUCCAGUUACUAAUGUUUCAUAUUCAGAAUUCAUCACUGUUUGAGGGCUCUUCUGCAAAGAACUUGUCGGUUGACCCUCAAGCUCUAAAAGAGAACCUGUAUUUUGAAGCUGGCAAAAUGAUUGCAGUUUCUCUAGUUCAUGGUGGCCCAUCUCCUGGUUUCUUUUCCAAAGUAUUGUUUGAUUGUCUUGUCUAUGGUCCAGAGAAUGUGAAGCCAAACUUGGAUGAUGUUACUGAUGCUGGUGUAGCACAGACAAUAAAAAAGAUAAAAUAUUCAGAGACUCUGUCCAGCCUACAGUCAACUGUGCGUGACUGCUAUGACUUCCUUGCUGCUGCUGGAUGUUUAAGACCUAUAACAGCUUUACGUGAUAAGGAUAUACUUGUGAAUGACUUACUGAUCCAUCAUGUAAUCAAGAGAAUUAUUUCACCUUUAGAAAGUUUUAGGCAAGGUUUGAAAACCCUUGGUCUGCUAGAGAAAAUGGAAAUGUAUCCAGAUGCUUUUUCUAGCUUAUUUUGCCACAAACCUGAAAACCUUUCGGCAGAAGCUCUCUGUGAUCUCUUUACAAUCCAUUGCUCACCAGAUGUAAACGAAAUUGGAGGUGCUGAUUUUUGGAUGGGUUAUUUGCAAGAUGUGGAAAGUGGUGAGUCUGUUGUGACAUUACAGGAUAUUCUAUUCUUUGUAACUGGUUGUUCUUCUAUACCGCCUAUUGGUUUCGAUCCUGAACCUACUAUUAAAUUUCUGCCUGUACAUUAUCCCAUUGGAAACAGACUCCUUAAUUGCUUAGAACUUCCAAUAACAAGGACAUAUGAGAAUUUUAAAAAUAAAAUGGAAUUCACUAUCAGAAACACAUUAAGAGGCGAGAGAGAAUAAAUAUUUUUGCUACUAAACCGAUCAUUGGAAACUUCAGCUUUCUGUGGGAGUGUCUGCUGGCAAGGUGCCUUUUAUGUUCUGAUGGUAUGCUCUAUGUCUUUUACCAUUUGUCCUCCAAAGAUACGGUGGAAGUACUAAUCUUGUAAAAUGGAAAACUGUUUUCAGAUGAAAGUCAGUUGGUUUGGGUGGUGGUGUUUUUUCAGUCAUCUCCUUGGUUAGAAAUUGGCUUUUCCAGCCCAGCAGUCUUUUGCAGUCUUAUUCAGAAUGGGUAUUUUUGUUCUAGACAUAAAUGGGAUGUUACCAAACUCUGGAGCAUUUUAGCAAUUUCCUAGAAGUAAGUGGAUUGUAUGCACACACUUCUCUUUCAGUCAAAGCAGUUUUUGGAUUUUUUAAAGGUAACUGCUGUAGAGCUUUGUCUCAAGUAAAAUUGAUAGCAUGCUUCAGUUCUGCGUUACUAUUUUCAGUUAACUGCUUUCAUGUUGAUUCAUUUACGCUUUGAUUAUUAUAAACCUAUGGAAGUUAGGGUUUAGGCUGUUGUGUUCAAUGCAUUAAAAUGUGACCUUAAUUUAGAGAAGAUCAAGGCAAAAUAAUAAGGAGCAAGAAGAAAAUGUGGUUGAAUUUGAGUUUCUGCUGUUGAACAAAGUCUUUGGCAUUUGCACCCUUACUGAUUCUGCUGCUAUAUGGUAGUUAGCUUUUACUAUUAUGACUAUACAUGUAAUUAGAAGCUUGAAGUAGGUCUCCAACAUGCAACUAUAGGUGAGCUUUCAAAAUGAAAUACAAAAAAUUUGCUUAUUAGAAGAAGAUAUUGAAUUUUCUUCCAUGGAACUCAGUAUUUUCAAAUGAAUAUGCACUAAAGUUAUUUGAAUUGCAGGUAGUCUACCAUCAGGCCUAUUAUUAGUGCCUAAUGCUUCUCUAGCUUUUGUUCUAAACACUUCCUUUUCAAUUUUAGAUGCAUUUUAAGCAACUGUGUAAAAUGUCUUAAUUCUGCAGUAUUUGUAUAAAUAACAUUAAGCCAUAAAUGAUCAGUAGUUAAAUCUCUAUGUAGUAACACAAUGAUGAUAGAACUAUGAAACUGAGAAAAAAAAAAAAUUAAAAAUUUAUUUUUAACAUAUGCAGGCCUCUUUUCAGAAUUACAUCUUUCUUUACUGUCAGUUUGGUCAUUUAAACUGCAUCCCUAGCAAAACUCUUUCAAUAUAUGUAUAUAGAUAGAUAUGUCUGUACUGCUUUCUUUUUCAAUGUCUUGGCCAGAAAGUACACUUAAAGUUGAUUUAUAAAUUGAUAGGUAGUUUUUUAAAAAAAAAACCAAACAAACAAAAAAACAGUUUCACGUUCUGGUUCAUUACUGCUUUCCUCUCAUUAAUAAAUUGUAUUAGUGAACGCCAGGUGUGUGGCAGUGUACUGCAACUGAAGACCUGUGUAAGUGGCAGUUCCUUUCACUACAUAUGGUAAGACUGGGUGUUUAUGUUAAGCAGUUCAUUUAACAUUAUGCGGGUAUUUAUAAACCUUUCUUAAAUUGCUACAGCAUCUCCAUUUCUUUUUUCUUUUAUAUAGACCCAUGAAAGUGUAUGCUGCUUAUUUUUGCAUUUCACAGUCUAAAUAAAUUAUGCCAAAGGUUAGGUCAGGCAUUUUUACAUUUUUCAUUUGUUUCAGAUAUUUUAAAAGUAAUUAUAAAAAUCCUUUCAUUUUAAUUUAAAGAAUAUUAUAUAUUAAAACAGGACUAUUGAUGCUUUCCUGGUUCUGAAACAUAAACAUUAUAAAGUCAAACAGAAUCUGAAGGUGCUAAUGAGAAUAUCAUUUGAAUCACUUACAUUCCAAGUUUUUUAAUCAUUCUUUUAUGAUCUUUUUUCUCCAAUAGUAUGCCACACUUGUCACUUUUUCUGGAUUUCUGAAUGCUAAAUUGCCACUUAAUUCUUACUUGGCUUCAGAAUAAUCUGUUACCAGCACAAAUAAGGCAAUCUGUUGCAAAUUGAUUUGCUUAAUGAGGGCUUGUAUUGGGUUCAUUCUUUUUGUU